AUAUUCUCCCACCUAAAAUUAUCAAAGGCAUAAUACAAAGUGGCCUAAAGCCUUACUCUUGCUUUUGUUCUAUACUUUUUCAUCUUUCCUUAUUCUUAAGUAAACCCCUCAAAAAAGUCUCUGUUUCUCUAAUAGUACCUUUUUUCCUACUUCAUUUCCUUCACUUUCUUUCUACAUCACAAAACAUGGCUUCUAAACUCAUAAAUAUUCUCUCAACACUGCUACUGUAUUUUCCACUAGUGCUAUUACUCAGUUCUCCGGCAAGAAUCACAGCCCAAGAAUGUCCUUACCCGUGUUAUCCGGCGCCGACCGGCCCCGCCGGAAACAACCCUCCUCCGGCAGCUACAACUCCACCAACUUCACAAGGGUAUGUUCCAAAUAAUCCAUCAACUAAUUACAAUCCACCACCAGCUGGUUAUAAUAAUAAUAAUCCACCAAAUGAUUAUGAUAAUAACUCUCCACCAGAUUUUGUAAAUGGUGAAGUACCACCACCACCUGAACCAAUAUUGCCUUGGUUUCCAUUUUACUACAGAAAGCCUCCUCAUUCUGAUAAUGAUCAAUCUUCAUCUUCACUUUCUAUUCAACAAUCAAGAACCAGCUGGAAGAAUAUGAUGAUUAUCACCACUAUUUUUCCUUUGAUUUUCAUGACUUUGCUUUUUCACUAAUAUAAGUUAGUGAAUUUUGAUGUAAUUAGUAGAGCACGUGUUAAUUAGAUUGUUAUGGGAAUUGUUGUAGGAUUUUGUGUUCUAAUGAUCAAUAUCAGUCCGUUUUUCUAUAUGUAUUUACUUUGUAUGGACAGAGGAGUUUCUCUCUGUUUUUUUGAUUUUGCAGAAAAGGGGAAAUUAUAUACUCCUAUUUGGUGAUAAACAACAACAACGACCCAGUAUAUUUGGUGAUAAACAAGUGGAUGGAUUAUUGUGUUUU